GGCUGUAACGUAACAAAACCUGGAAAAAGUCAAGGGGUCUGAAUACUUUUCGAAUGCACUGUAAUUCUUGGAUUCUGAUUUCUUUAUUCUGCUGUCAGUGUUUCCCUAACACAUUCUGAGUUGAGAUUGCUGGGGAGAGUUUCUGCUCAACUCCUGAGACAUGGCAUCUCAACAUUUCAUAGUAGAUUAUGCAAAAAUUGUCAAGUCAUCCAGCUAAUGCAUCAUGUUGCAAUUAAAUGUUUGAAUUUGUUUUGAUUGUCAUAGUUUAUUGUUGUUGUACGUGUAUAUUCUCUAGAUUUCUGAAAAAUACAUACUUAUUAUUUUCCCUAGAUGUUCUCUUCAGAGUCCACCUGUCAGUAUCCCAGGCGUUGGCAGAAAACAGACCGGGGGUGGUGCUAGUGAGCACCAUUAUUACCCAUGGCAUGCCCUACCCACACAGCGUGAGCACAGCCAAAGAGGUGGAGGCCAUAGUAAGGGGGAGGGUUCAUGUAAGGUUGUCCUCAGAACUUGACUACCUAGCCCAGAGUAAGACGUCGCUGAAAGUGUCCCGACAAGACCUGCCCUAUGCCAUCAGUAAGAGCGGCCUGCUAUUGGCUGUGCCCAUCCCUGAGGAGCAUGCAGCAGCCAGCCAACAGAUUGGGGACGCUAUACAGGCUGCACUGGCAGAGGCCAUUGCUAAAGGUAUUAGAGGAAGAGAUGUGACGUCCCCUUCAUCCUUCAAAAGGUCAACGAAUUGACCAGAGGAAAGUCCCUAAUAAUCCACCAAUAAACCGAGGUAGAGAGAGAGAGGUGGAGAGAGAGAGGUGGAGAGAGAUAGGUAGAGAGAGAUAGGUAGAGAGAGAGAGA